GGACCGGGCAUCAAAACGGAGCACCACGACCACGACUCCGACCCCACGUUCAUAGACAGCCUGACCGCGGGCGACUGGAGGGAGCGGAUUCUUGGACUCGACGGCGACAUCGUCGGUGACGUGAAAGGCACCCCUGAGGCGCUGCUGCAGAAGGAGCGCCGCCUGCUGGCGAUGAUCGCCCAGCUGACGAGCCUGCGUGAGCAGCUGCUGUCGGCGCACGACGAGCAGAAGAAGCUCGCCGCCUCGCAGAUGGAGAAGCAGCGGCAGCAGAUGGAGCUCGCACGUCAGCAGCAGGAGCAGAUCGCCAAGCAGCAGCAACAGCUGCUGCAGCAGCAGCACAAGAUCAAUAUCCUGCAGCAGCAGAUACAGCAGGUACAGGGUCACGUGACCCCGGUCAUGAUCCCCAUCUUCCCGUCUGACCAGAGAGCGCUCAUCCUGCCACCGCCACCCGGCAUCUCCUACAAACCCGGGGAGCCGUACCCCAUGCACCUGAUCCCCACCACGUUGGCGGCCGCCGCCUCCCCUCUGCAGCUGCAGCAGCUGUACGCCACCCAGCUCACGGCCUUCCAGUCUCCCCCCACCUCCGUGGUGAGCUGCUCCUCCUCCUCCUCGUCGUCCUCCUCGUCCUCGUCUUCAGCGGCGGCGGCGGCGGCGUUGCACGGCGUCUCCGGGCAGCUCAACAUCCCGGUCAGCACGGCCAGCAGCAGCAGCAGCAGCAGCACGGCGAACGGCGGCGUAGCGGCCGUGGUGGGGGCCUCAUCGCACCAAACGGCAGGAGCCAGGCUCCAGAUGUCGGUGACCUCGAUCAACGCCUCCCCUAAACCCAAGCCGGAGUCGUCCCAGCCGCUGAAUCUGUGUUCACGCCCCAAGCCCUACCCGGACGGCCCCUCCCCCCACGGCCCCUCCCCCCGAGCCCCCCACCCCCCCACCUCCUCCUCCCUGGGGGGCCGGGGACCCCCCAGGCAAGGGGUGGGGGCCGUGGGGGGAGGGGCCGUGGGGGGAGGGGCCGUGGGGGGAGGGGCCGGGUUCCCGCUGCACCCCCACAAGAGAGUUGGAGGGGCGGGCAACAACCUCCCUG